CGCUCUGCAUGAGGUGGAGAACGCUGCUUGGAACGAAGUGGUGAACGCGCGCGGUUUUUGUGAAAGCGUGCUUCUGUAGCACGUGCGAGCGUGUACUACGUGGUGGGCGUGUGGUUGCGUGUGCUGAAGUGCGUCGCGUGUUUGUUACUUUGAAGUUUCUUCGUGCGACUGCGUGUGUGUUUGGCAAGAAAUGAUCUCGUCAACCUGCAAUGUGUCUGCGUGAUGCCGUGAAACUGAAAGACUGACUCGGCGUUAAAUUGAUGUGUGCGCGGGCAACCUGGAUUACGCCGUUUUUGAAACCCCGAGAAUGUUCGUGUGCGGUGUUGUGUAACGCAGCUGUCGAUGCCGCGUAUUUGGGUCAUGUACUUGUAUCCCGCUUUGCGUAGGCCGUGUAAAUACGUUGCGGCAUCUGCUAGCAGGUUUCGGGAAAACAAAAUAUCCGCUUUCGGAACAAUCUGCGCUGAAUACGCGAGUCUGAUUCCGUUCCAAGAUUCAUGUCGCAGUAACUCAGAUGUCUUCCUCUGAAAGGACUCUCCUGCACUGUUGUAGCUUCUGUUCGGCCCUCGCUGAAUCAUCUGGGCGGUUUUAUCGAGUCGCUUCCAUUCAUUGCAUCUUGGAAGAAAUGUGAGCACAUGGGAUAGCUUGUUCUUCCCACAUAAUCUAUGACGUUCGUAAUAAGGUUUCGCACGCUCUGCGUCGUGAUGCCGUAAGGACAUACGAGGGCAUGAGUAGCGGAGCUACAGAUUUUUCAGAGCACACUCGUUAACCCUGAUGCAGUAGAAGUGCAAAUUCCGUUGUCUUUCUGGUUGUUGCUCAUAUGUUACCCUGUACUUUUGCGUGACAGCGUGGCUGGUGAAUUUGCAAUUUGUGUGGCAAUUAUAGUUUGCAUGACGAUGGUGUCUUCAAAUGUUUGAAAGUUAAGCACUUUUCUGUUGGUGAAACUCCUUUUAUCGCCUCUGGCCUGUGACAGGUCAUUGACCUGGUGUCGUAGGAUGUCGUCUUUGUAGCACGACACUGUUCGCUGAGCAUUUGUGACCCCCAUUGCCUUUGAUAAAAGCUGUUCAUAAUACAUUUCUUCUCUUACACAGCAAUCCACAUUGUCAUCAUGUUUUAAUAACUUCCAAGCUUUUUUUUUUUCUGUCACCCUGUGCAUAUAAAUCGGGCUCGAUCGCGCACACCAAGCUGUCUUCCGACCGGUUUCUUGAUGACUCUUUGAAUCCUGUCGCUAAUUUUGUUUCUAGUGCGUGCAUUUCAUUGUUCUGCUUGAAGCCCACAGGAAUCAGGGAAAUUAUCUCAAGUGUAGCACUGGUGUGAUAUUGACGUCUUGCCAAGCAAACAGAUCGAUUUUAUGGGAACUAUCGUCCUAAUACACAGGAAAACAGCGUGGCACGCGCCUUCAUGUUAGGACGUCCCCGUAUGCACAGGGUAUCGAUUUGGAAUGUGAAACACGUGAUUCUUAUCUCAACGUAAAUGCAAGCUUAGUAGAGUUACAUGUUCACCUUUGUGCACCGGAAGAUCAAUUUGUUCUUGUAUAAAGCCGAGUGAAAUGCACGUCUGCCGGCACUGUAUUCUCAACGUCACCUUGCGACGUGCUGACUGCGAUGGAAUAUGAAACAGACUAUUUCAUCUGUGCGCGUAUCGAGGUACUCUACCUACACUAUGAACUUUUGCAAUAGCAAACAAAUUUUCUAUUAGUCAACAGGACUUGAAGACCUUAUGGAAUGGUGUUCUGAAGCAAAAUUCGCCUCGGGACUUGAGGGAAGACAUAAGGCCCUCUAUUCAUCUUUGCAAAUGACACAAACACCCCAGUCAUUCAUCGCGUAACGCAAACAAGAAAUGUAUGCCCGGGGCUCGUUGCUUCCAGUUGAAAAGUUCUUCAAAAUGAAAAGCGAACUUUCCAUGGUCCUUUGAAGGUGUGUAAUAAACACUGUGGGAAAAAGUUUCGCCCGUAGAUUGACUUUUCCACCUUUAUGCAUCUACCAAAACAGCACAGGAAGCGCCUCGCUAACCGAUACGGUUUGCGUUCGUCUGCUGCACUGCUUGGAUCGAGAGAAAGGGGAAAAAAAGGCGCCGAAAAGGUGCAACCGUCAGGGUAGAGAAGGUAAAUAAAUAUACCACUUCCGCUCUCUCUGUGCAUCGACCCAUCUUCUCAGACCCAGAUAUAUCGCUCGGAGCGAUUCCCUUUCACCAGCGGUGGACCGACCAUGAAUUCAUCCAUUUACGUACACCUGGUACGGAGGAAGAAAUAUCGUGUUUGAGAUACAAGCGUGGAAAACUAGACAAACGCAGCAGGAGAAGGGCGGAGGAAAGGAUCGCCCGCUAAUAUCUACUGGAAGGGGGCAGCGUCCCUCUAGCGAAGAUCAGAGACAGCGCGCAGGUCCAGUUCUUUAGUGAGCGAGUGGACUUUGUGAAGAACACAAGUACGUGGUGCUUCAUCGGCAGCAACGUGGAACGCCGCACGAAGUGGUCUUGCCUCGUUCGGGGACUCUGCGAGGACAUGCUGUGUCCAGGAAGUUCGCAAUCGUCCUCCCAGCUGGGGCAUCCAGGAGUGUGCCGGAUACGCAGCGGACAGCGAGUGCGUUACCGGCACCGUCCAGCUGUAAGGUACAAGAUAAGGCCCGGAUUCAAUCCAGCCUACAGGGAUACAAGUCCUCAAGUGAGCGCCCGACAUUUCCGGAAAGCUAUUCAGGGUGAGAUCAAACUUCCCACAGAGAAUGGAGAGUCAAGACCAAUACGUGCAACUCCUGACUGGGGGGAAACUGCUAUAAAUGGGGACCAUUUAUGGAUUGCCACUAGUGCCUCAGGGGAUCUGUGUUAUGUUGGGGAAAACGAAUGCUCAAGACAAGGGCCCCGAAUGAGAUGCCCAGCUUGCAAGAUAACCGUUCAUGCCGGAUGCAUUAGCAUUUUGACGGACAAAAUGAAAUUCCAGUGCAAACCAACUUUCAAGGACGUUGGCAUCAGGCAGUACAGAGAGCAAACUGUGAUUCAGCACCACUGGGUGCACAGAAGGUAUCAGAAAGGAAGGUGUCAUCAGUGUGGCAAGUCAUUCCAGUCAAAACUCUCUUUUGGUAGCAAAGAAAUUGUAGCCAUUAGCUGUUCAUGGUGCAAAACGGCAUAUCACAACAAGGAAUCCUGCUUCAGUAUGCAAAGGAUAGGAGAGCAGUGUGACCUUGGACUUCAUGUAGAUAUUAUAGUACCCCACUCUUGGAUUGUCAAGCUUCCAAGAAAGGGCUCAUUCAAAUCGUCCAUAAGAAGAUCGCCGAAGAAGAGAGCAUCGACCAAAAAGAAGUCUCGGAAGGAUGGCUGUUCAGAGAAGGAUAUGCCACGUACAUUUGCCAUUAAGCCCAUCCCUUGUGCCUCCUGCAAGCCACUCCUGGUGUUCAUCAACCCAAAGAGUGGAGGCAACCAGGGGGCCAAAAUCAUGCAAAAGUUCCAGUGGUUGCUGAACCCCCGACAAGUGUUCGACCUCUCCCAAGGGGGACCAAUGCAGGGGCUGGAGCUGUAUAAGAAGGUGAACAACCUGCGCAUUUUGGCAUGUGGGGGUGACGGAACAGCAGGCUGGAUCCUUUCAGUGUUAGAUGAGAUCGGCAUUACACCGCCACCACCGGUAGCUGUGCUUCCCUUAGGCACUGGAAAUGACCUGGCCAGGGCACUUGGAUGGGGAGGGGGAUACACAGACGAGCCAAUCUCAAAGAUCCUACAGCAUGUUCAAGAGGGCGAAAUUGUUCAGCUGGAUAGGUGGGACCUAAUUGUACAUAAAAAUCCAGAUGUAGACAUUUCUCAGUGUGAAGACGGCAAGGAGUUUGUGCCUUUAAAUGUUGUGAAUAAUUAUUUCUCUAUUGGAGUGGAUGCUCAUAUUGCCUUGGAAUUUCACGAAGCAAGAGAAGCCCAUCCAGAAAGGUUCAACAGCAGGCUGAAGAACAAGAUGUUUUAUGGGCAAGCAGGAGGCAAGGAUCUGCUCCAGCGCAAGUGGAAGGAUCUGUGCAAUUAUGUAACGCUAGAAUGUGACGGCCAAGACUUAACAAGCAAGCUACGUGAUCACAAAGUCCAUUCCAUCCUUUUUCUGAACAUCCCAAGUUAUGGGGGUGGAACUCGGCCGUGGGGUAAUCCAGGCACGUCUUUUGAGGCACCCCAGACAGAUGAUGGCCUCAUUGAGGUCAUAGGCCUCACAAUAUACCAAAUGCCGUUCCUGCAGGCAGGAGGACAUGGGACAUGCCUGUGCCAGUGCAAAAAUGCAAGAGUGAUAACGCGAAAGACUAUUCCCGUGCAAGUGGAUGGGGAGCCCUGCCGCCUACUGCCCUCUCUCAUCGAGAUGCGAAUUCGCAACACGGCUGCCAUGGUUGCUAAAGCGAAGAUUCAUAAUCAAGUGCCAAGCCAAUUACCACUUGAGAAGCUAAAAAUUGUGGUGCGAAAACUGAACAUGGUGGAUUACGAGAACUACCACUACGACAAAGAGAAGUUGCGGAGCCUUUCAAUUCUGAUUGGAAGCAUCUCCGUGAACCCAGACACUGACCUUGAAAACGUCAGACUACACAUCAACCAACUUUGCUCUAUGGAAGGUCCAGAUUCACAGAACCUUUCACCAUCAAAAAGGGUUUCACCUGACUGGUGUUUUCUGGACUCUUGCACAGCAGAAAGGUUCUUCCGUAUUGAUCGUGCCCAAGAACAGCUCCAUUACGUAGUUGACAUCACGCAAGAUGAUGUGUACAUUCUCGACCCAGAACAGUCUCCCAUAGCACCAGAGCCCCCUCCGUCAUCCCUUCUGUCACCAUCACUGGGCGAAGAGAGGAGCAUUGUUGACAACAUGGAGCUGGUACCUGUCAGUGGAGACUGUGAUGAUGCAAGCAGACAUACUGCCGAUGCAGAAGCGACUGCAGACGAGAGAAGUGUACAGGAGAGCCUCGAGUCAAGUGGGCAUCCACACCCUUCAUUAGGCACUGACAGCAAACUUUCAAGAGAAAGUUUGGAUGACAAAACUGCCAGCACAAAUGAAAUAAUCAUUGCUGCCAAAAUGGGGGACCUUAUGAGGUUACGGCACCUUUGUGACUCAGGCCAUAGCUUGCUGUCGCUGGAUGAUGCUGGCAUGACGGCCCUGCACCAUGCUUCUCGCUAUGGCCACAAGGAUGUCGUCCGCUACAUCGUUGCCAGUGCACCGCCAUCCAUACUGGAUAUUGCAGACAGUGAAAAAGGCCAGACAGCCCUCCACAAAGCAGCUGCAUAUAAAAGGAGAACCAUCUGCUGUAUGCUUGUUGCUGCUGGGGCAUCAUUGUCUAAGGCUGACAAGCAGGGCACAACUGCAAAGUAUUUGGCAGGGAAGGCAGGAGAUGAAGACUUGGCAGCAUAUUUGGAAAGUCAGGAGCACUUUGAGAGGCUGGUGCAGGACCGUGAGACAGCUGUCUGACAGCGAGUUACUGCUGGCUCCUUCAGCAGCAGCAGCGAACCCGGCCACUACAAACAUCCAUUCGUUUGCAAGGCGUAUCCUUGCCUUCAUACACACACUUCUUUCCACCUCAUCUCAUUUUCAGCCUCUAUGCCCAACAGAGACCAACGUCCCUUUUUACUACACAGAGGCUUCAGAAGGAGCUUUUCUGGCUAACACCCAGUGCAGAGUAUGACCUGAGCAUGUCCAUAGUGUAUGAGUGUGCGCGAAAGGCUUUUCUUCUGGAGGAAUGUGGACCGGUUGUAGUUCCUUGAUUGCCAACAGGGGCGAGUUGAUAUUCAUGCACAGUCGUUAUCUUAGCCACUGCGUCGCUCCUUACUCUGCUGGAAAGAGAGUAGCAGGACGCAGAGGAAACCCGGGUUUCCCCGUACACUGGUAGUUUCUUUGAAACGUGAUAUAUAUAUAUAUAUAUAUAUUUAUCUAUGUAUAGAAUUAAAUGGUCUCUUUUAGAGUCACUGACUAUACCCAGCUGCACAGUUUGAGGGCUUUUGAAAAUGUAAUUUCCUUCUAAACCCCUCUUCAUGCCAGGUGCUACUUUCAGUUUUGGUUUGGAGCCUCAUCCAUAGUGUACAUUCUUGUAUGUCUAAAUCUGUGGUGCAGGCACAAUAUGCACCUCAUUGUUUCAUGGCACAGGUUUUAAAAUGCCUAAUAUAAAAUGGAAGUUGCUUGAAAAUGCAAGGUGCGGUUUGACAAGAGAGGUGUACAGUUCCUUGAAGGAUUUUGUCUAGGUGCGCAAGGCUUUCUUGUGUUGGAGGCUUCCAUUCAUCAUUUAGUUUUCACUUGGUUAGUAGACAAAGCAUAGUGAACAUGAAAAUCUGAUUGACUAUGGAGUUGAACAUUACAGUGUUUGAAGGAUUUGCUGAUGUAGGCAAAAUCAUGUAAUUUAUCAGGGCGCGUUCAGAAUGCGCGUUGCAAUAGCUACAUGGCGAUCUACAUGCUUCUCAAUGGGCCCCUCGUAAUCACAGCUCCUGUUGCAUGUUUGGCAAAAUGUUCAGGGAUCUCCUAAAGGUUGAGGAAUAUAUUCAACAGAAAAGGUAAAAUGCUUCCACUACCAACCAUUGAUUAUUUCCAUUCAGAAGGUAAUCUAUCAGCUUUGCACAUCGUAAGGAUUGUGUGCAUUGUUAUUUUUUGGAACAUGAAUUUUAAGAUGUAAAAUGCAAACAGAUCACAGUAAUGCUCUUCAUUCUGGGUUAUAACCUAAAGCAGCUUUGCUGUAGGUAGCAAGUGGAUGUGCUUGGCUUACUGGCAUUCCGAUGGCGUUUUGUGCAGGACGUACAAUUUAAAAAAAUAUAUAUAAAUUUUUGCUCGAGUAGUCUGCUACUCAAAGCACUUUUUGCAUCAAAUAGUGAAUCGUCCAUAUGAAAUUUGCAAAGUAAUUUUAAGACUGCUAAAGGUUAUGUAGUUAAACUAAAUUAAAAUGGCACAAGGAAUCUUGCACACCAAAUUUGAGCCAUGAUUACAUUCUCUGUAGCACGCUGAGUGCGUGUCGCGUCAUGAGUAGAGCCUGACGUUUUCGUGACAUCAAUCCCUGAAUUUGCACCCCGAAUUGAAGGUUGCCUCUUUAGGGUGAAACCCGAUUUUUACCUGGCAAAUUGUCCUCACUGACACAUGUAGGAAUGUACACUAACUUGUUUGGCAGCAAAUGCAGUUACAUCAUUUGUACCAAACCAGUACUGUUUGAGUAACUGAGCCAGAUUUCGCCCCAAAUUUAGCGUACUGGAAGUUUUUCCACCCAAAUUCGCUUAAAUGUAGAGCACAUAUUUAUUUACCCCCCCCCUUCCCCCCCCCCCCCCCCCCCCCCCCGAAUUUAGAAAAAAAAUAGUUCCCGAAAACUUCAGGCUCUAAUCAUGAGCGAGCUGCGGCGCCUUUGCUUGCAUGUUGGGGAAUUUCCCAAACCAUGUUGACCGAAUAUCACAAUGCAUGAACUACAUUCGUUUUCUCAGGCAAUGACUGUCACAAUGAUAAAACAGCAGGAUAUAAUCCAACUCAAAAGAAACUACCAUUUACUGUUCAUGUUUAAUUCAAUAAGGAGCCCUCUUUGCCCAUGUUUUCACUUUUCCUACAGUCACUUGAUUCUGAAAAGCGUGUGAAUCUCUCACUUUAGUUCUACAGCUUUAUAUUGCAUAUGCCCUCUCUCAGCUUCCUGGCAGUGCCAGUGCAUAUGUGCUCUUAAUUUACUCCGGUAGGGCUACUGUGACAUCACCCGAUGAAGGCUUUAUGAAGUCAAUAUUCAUGGUUUUAUGGCUGUUUCUUAAUUAGACAUUAGCACUAUGAUUCAACUUUCAUUUUUAAAGCUCUUUAUGUAUCCCAUUGAGGCCAAGCAUGAAAGAUAGGGUGCAUUGCAGGUGGUACACUUUGUGACUCGUGGAAUUGCAUUUUUAUUUGACUCAUCAUCAACUUUGAAAUGACAAAAUGAUUGCCCUGCACAUACUUAACAUUCUUUAUCAUUUUUUCUAAACAUUGUUUUGUUUUUACAGUAUAAAAGCAGCAGGAUGAACCUUACAUACAUACAACAGUGUAGGAAAGUAAAAUGGACCCACACAGGGAUGCAAACAAUCAGUGUGCCGCAUUGAAGACAGGAUGUAAUGAACAGACUUCAUUUUCUCUGUCUUGAAUGAUUUAGCACCUGUUGGGCACCCUGUGUGAGAAGCCAUUGCUGCUAUGGAAGUACAACUGCAUGUGAUAUGUAGUAUGCCUGGGCAGCUGCUGUACUAGCCUGCUUAGGGCAUACACACGAGCAGUGUGUUUGCAUUAAAAGCAGCUAUGCAGAAAUGCAGAAUCUGAUAGUGUAGUAUAGCACUAAAUGGAAGUACAAUUUGUAUACGUUAACGUGCGGCACCAUUAUUAUAGAAAUAAUUCAGCUACUAAAUUUAUUUGAAUGUGAGAAUGCCUGUGGCUCGUUAUGGAGAGUACCCAAAAAGUACCAAAAGUCAACCAGAAAGCACCAACGUUCAGGCAUCCAUGUUGGGGGUGCGAUAAUUUUGUGAGUCAAUGCUGUAUGUAAUAAGAGUACCCGCAUUUCGUAAAAUUACUGCAGUUUUUCUUUAAGUGUCAUUGCUAUUGAUAUGUUUCAUCUGUAACUACAUUGUGAUAACCACCUCAGCAUGUAAAGGCACUUUUUACAUAUCCCGUCUUCAACGUGUGCAGCUACAGCGCAUGGGAAUGUCUUGUGUGAGAUGACUGGCUGUGCAUAUAAGUAAGGUAUCUAAGAAGGCUACUGUGAGAAAGAACAGAGUGGGACCAACGUUAAGGAAACACCACGGUAAUAGAUAUAUGACCUGCUUACAACUCACUAUUAUUCAGUGAAGGGAAAAUGGGGAAUGUGAGGGCACGUGCGGGAGGGUUGGUGCUUUGCAUUCUGAUAUAUAUAUAUAUAUAAUAUACAUAUAUAAUAUAGCCUUCACAUACAUGCACACUCACAUACUCACACAUUGAAAUGCAAGUUCAUUACUCUUCUACUACACAAGAACCUCUUAGAGAAUACUAUACCAUAGUGUUACAAGAUGCGGGCGCAUGGCCAGCUCUCCCAAAUGAUACAUAUUUUAUCACACUUCUUCCCACCGACCACAUUGAUAGAGGUGACAUUGAAAGUGUCUGCAUUUCGAGCUACCCGCUUCAGCAUAGGUGAAAAAGUAAUCAUUAUCCCUGCACUGACUUUUAUGGUUUAAAAGUCAUUGGUAGAUGUGUCGACCUGAAAGGGGAAAAUAAUGCUUAGCCAGCGUUUCUGCGAAUUUCUUCUUCCUUUUUAGCUGAUUGCACACAGCACAUAUGUGUUAAGCUACGUUUGUCAAAUGGCUAGUACUUGCUUAAAGAAGACAUGUACCGUACUUUGGUUGCCUAAGACCCACAUGCUGAAGGAAAUUGCAGUACAUGAUCAGUAUGAUGAGUACAUGAUCAUACCAGCAGGAUCCUGCGGGUCCCGGGCCUUAUUUGUUCGUCAAUUCAGAAGUAAUUUAAGGAGUGUUGCACCUGUUUUUGCAGUUUCAGUGCAAGACCUCAGGACGUUUUAGACAAAUGAUGCAAUAUAAGAUGUUUUCGCUGCAAGUGCUGCUAUUUCUGGCAGAGUGUGCACUGAUUUUUGAAGUGGCUGCUUAGAAAUUCAUAGCCAGAACAUACGUCCCUCCGGUGUGAAGUACUGUGCUGAAAAAUUUGUACUUAAGUGCAGCGCUAUGUAAAGAACCUUUCCCUGACGACAACAACUGCCAGAGGUAAACGCAUUUGAAGUACACUCAUGCUCCUCAUGUCUUACAUUGAGGCAUCCAUGACAGCACAUGAAAAUCAAACUGUUGCCAAAUAUUCACCCCAAAUCUUGUUUGCAUGACCACACAUCAAAGAGAACUUGCACCAGUAUUUAUAACGUGCAGAGUACUUGCCCAAGCAAUUCAAAUGGGGAUGUUUAGUAUGUUACAUCUUUUUUUGUGUGUGUUUUGUUGCAGUUGUAUCACAAAACCUAAAAGUAGUUCUUAAACUUUUAUCAAUACUUUGAUCUCCUUCAGUACGUUUCAUAUGGAAGACAUUCGGUAUGUUCCAGGUGUUGUCUCAACUGGCUUAUAUGAAGGGCACUAAGUUAUAGGUAUGUCUGACAUACAAGUAUGUUUGUUGCUUAUGUGCAACCAGUUACUGUUCAGAGCAGUAUCAUUUCUGAUCGUCAGGAAAGAUAUGUUUGAUGGGGUACAAUGUUUUACCACUGUUGUUGAAUAAAAAUAAACUUUGCAUACAGCAAGGAUCAAGAGCAA